CGCGCGUCAACAGCAACAGCUAGGAUGUUGCGAUAUCGCUGGCAGCCAAAGAUUGCUGUGGUUGCAGAGAUUAGGCUGCUGGGUUGAAACCUCUGCCUAAUGUUUUGGUAGAUGUCAAAUUCUGUGGUUUCUCAUAUGCAGCAACAGUUGCAACAGACGGAGGCUUUAGUUUCUUGUCGAUUAUGCGUUUGUUUGUGUUGAUAAAAGGCUUCAUCGCGCUAAUGCGUUAGCUUACAAAAAUCACAGUUUUAAUGUAAAUGGAAGCAAUUAAAUAGCUAGGCGGGCAGCUAUGUGCCAUCUAACGGUUGCUUCACUUGACUGAGGAUGGAAAUAUUGUUUCGGCAAACGCUAUCACACAAGUUACACGUCGGAUACGUCGCACUCGAAGACAUUAUCUUCAGAGGAUAACCUGGAUAACCUUACACGAAAUGUCAUAGCGCGUAAGUAGCUAGCACUCAGCUAGCUUGGUAAUGUCUGGACGAGAUGGAGAAGGACCUAAUGUUAUCAUCAGCAGCAACCGACCAUGAACAGCUGGAUGGAUAGCUAAAUAAAUACUUUCUCCGGAGAUGCUUAGCCUCCUGGGUGGUGUAAUUCACUUACAUAACAGCUAGUCGCAGCCGCUCUAUCACCAACUGGCUUGUGUUGGCAAGCAAAUGGGAAAUUUGCCACCAAAAAUCUGGGUUGUCUCAACAUCAUAAGUGACAAAGGCAGCACUGCAUGUUUUGAGGCUACAAAUAGACUUGCUUGAAGCGUCGGAUUCGUUCGGUUUACAAUCUGACCUGCAUUAUCUAUCAGUGCAAUCAUUCAGUGCACAGGAAACAAGCACUUCAUCUGUGUUUCUGUGAUUCAAGCCGCAAAUACUCCUGUCAUUUCGACAACAUGAGGAAGUUCUUUGAUUCUCGUCGGGAGUUGGUGAGCUCUGGGCCUGGGUCUGGAGGAGGAGGUAGCAGCUCUGGGUCCAGUCAUGCAGGCGGUAAUUUCAUUGGCAGAGCUUUCACUGUCGGGCGGCACCAGGUCACUGUUGAGGAGAUAAUUGCUGAAGGUGGCUUUGCAAUUGUGUUCCUCGUGCGAACAAAUCAAGGGGUGCGUUGCGCCCUGAAGAGGAUGUACGUCAACAAUGAGCAUGAUCUGCAGGUGUGCAAAUGCGAGAUUCAAAUAAUGAAGGACCUUGUCGGUCACAAGAAUAUUGUUGGUUAUCUGGACUCCAGUAUUACGGCUAUGGGAUCAAGGGAUGUAUGGGAGGUUCUCAUACUAAUGGACUACUGCAAGGGGGGGCAGGUGGUCAAUUUGAUGAAUCAGAGGCUGCAGACUGGCUUCACUGAGGCUGAGGUGCUGCAGAUCUUCUGUGACACAUGUGAUGCUGUUUCUCGCCUGCACCAGCGAAAGACACCCAUCAUCCACAGAGACCUUAAGGUGGAGAACAUCCUCCUGCAUGACAAGGGUCAUUAUGUGCUGUGUGACUUUGGCAGCGCCACUAACAAGUUCCAGAGCCCACAGACUGAAGGAGUGGCCACUGUGGAGGAAGAGAUCAAAAAGUACACCACUUUAUCAUAUCGUGCCCCUGAGAUGGUGAACCUCUACAAUAACAAGAUUAUCACCACAAAAGCAGAUAUUUGGGCGCUGGGCUGUUUGCUGUACAAAGUGUGCUUCUUCACUCUGCCCUUUGGUGAAAGCCAGGUGGCCAUCUGUGAUGGCAGUUUCACCAUUCCAGACAACUCCCGCUACUCUUAUGAUCUUCACUGCCUCAUUCGGUACAUGCUGGAGCCAGACCCAGACAAAAGACCAGAUAUUUACCAGGUGUCCCAUUUUGCUUUUAAACUAGCUCAGCGGACCUGCCCUGUUCAGAAUGUGAAGAAUUCUCCAAUUCCUUCUAAACUUCCUGAGCCAAUCAAAGCGAGUGAGGCUGCAGCAGCAAAGAAGAGCCAGGCUAAAUCCAGACUGACGGAUCCAAUUCCCACCACUGAAACCUCUAUUACCCCUCGCCAGAGGCCCAAAGCAGCACAUACCCAGCCUGCGGCUGGCAUCCUACCCAUCCAGCCUGCUGCUCUCACCCCUCGCAAGCGGCCUAAUCUCCCUGGUGGUGCAGCACAGCCUGUUGGAGUCAGCUUAAACCUCUCUCAGCCCGCUGUAGCUCUGCAGUCCCAGAAGGCACAGACUUCAGUUCUGCCACUCAUCCAGUCACAAAACAAUUCAAGCCAGGCUGUGGCUCCACAGAAGCAGCCGGUGCAGCCAGCCGCAGCUACAGGAGCAGAAACUACAACAGCAGCAGCUGCAGUCGUAUCAGCAGUGACCAAGGCUGAUGUCCAACCCCAAGCACAGCCAAUAGUUCAGCAACAGACCACACCUCCCUCUGUGGCCAGCGGCACCUCCCAGCAGGCAGCUCAGACUCCAUCGAGCCCGGCCCCACCUCAACGCCCAGCUCGACGCAAGCAGGCUCAGCAGCCAGCACCUCAGCAGCCAGUGGCUCAGCAGCCAGCGGCUCAGCAGCCAGCGCCUCAGCAGCCAGCGCCUCAGCAGCCAGCGGCUCAGCAGCCAGCGGCUCAGCAGCCAGCGCCUCAGCAGCCUGCAGCUCAUCCUUCACCAAGCAAACCGGUCUCUGGUCAGCCGCCUGUAUCUCAGCAGCAGCAGAUAACUCAGCCAUCAGCUGCCCAGGCUCAGCCCGCCUCCACUGAGAUCAGCCAAAAAGCAGCAGUUACGACUACACCUGCUUCUCCAAAGACAAUUGAAGAACGAGGCCACCAACGCACGCCAAGUGACGCCACAGCGAGCAGCGUUGCUGGAGUUCCAGUGAGUGACUCCUUACAGCAGCCACAAGGAGCUAAUGGAGACGCUGCCCUCAAACAAUCACUUCCAUCUCAAGCAAGCACUGCCCAGCUUAUUCAGCUUGGUGUUGGUGAUGCAGGCCAGGACCAAAACAAAGCUGGACCCACUGUUGAUGCCACCAUCACCCCCACACAGCUAGCAUGGAACCCAUUUGACGAUGACAACUUUUCCAACCUCACUGCAGAUGAAUUCAAAACUGAGGACAAAAAGCCUACUGAACUGCCCUCAGAAAUGAAGUCAUCAUCUUCUGUGGAGUUGAUACCAGGCCUGCAGGCCUUAACUAUGGAUUAUACAUCCCAAGAUACUGUUGAAAGAUCAUCAACCAUUCUUGAUGUGGAUUCAGGAGCCUCACUGCUGGUUGUCCCAGAUUCUUUCGGUAUCCUUGAACUGUCCGAUACACCAGAGAAGCUGAUUGAAGGACUGAAAUCUCCAGACACAUCUUCACUCAUGCUACCCGACCUCUUGUCAUUGUCUGAUCCCUUCGGUGGAUCAGUGAGAGAGUCUGCAAAAGACGCUCUCACCGCAGAUGACUCUCUCCUGGGCUGCUCUCUGAUCUCUGGUCUGUCCGCCCCUCCGCCUGCGAGCAGCGCCACCUCCUCCGUCUCUUCUGCUCCCACCUCCGCUGCUUCUGCUAUGGAUGAUUUCAGUCUGUUGUCUGGGGACUCUGCACAGCCUAUAGCAGACUCGUCUCUCCUGAUCUCAGACUUUGAGCCCCAGCAGGUCACUACAGAGGCAGGGACCGAGGAUGAGUUUGAUCCGAUUCCCGUCACAGGCCGGAAGAACUCCCAAGACCUGCAGAGGGAGCUCAACAGUGAUGUACUGCGAGCUGAAGAGGAUCAAAGGCCCCGGAUCCAGCGGAAGACUGCUGCAUGUGUCCAUAAUAAACACACAUUGCCGUCAGAUGAGAGGAGUGUACAGCGCCAUACUAUACCAGCUACUUCCACCAGCCUGCCUUUCGUACCUGUCAACCAAGUAUCCCAGUUCCAGUCCCCAAACAGCCCAGUGACCUCUGACGUCUUCCAGCUGGCCCCUUUUAAAACGCCAGGGAAAGAAAGCAAGAUGGCAUUCAGCAGCUCCUCCUUUUCUGUGUCUCAUUCACCUGUUGAGACGUCUGAUGUUUUCCUGCAGGCACCGUUUGGAAAGAGGCAGGAAACCACCCAAGUUGUUCCUACUAACACUCGCAUAUUUAAGUCUGGUACACAGCAGAUUCAAACCAGCAAACAGUGUCACCUGGUGCCAGUAUCCUCUCCUCUCGGUCCUCCGGUUCUUGGUAUUCGGGCCCUUCCUCUGCACUUGGAAGCGCCUCUGCUCCAGCAGCCAGUGACGGUGCACCGGGUCGUCUCCAGGAUCGGUCAGCAGGCCGCCGUGGGUUCGGUAGCUGUGGGGCCUCUGCAUUCCUGGACCAUCGGGGGAAGACCUCUGGAUGACCCGUUCACUGCUGCGCCUUUUCAGCCGAGAUGCUCUCAGGGGAAACCUUGAUCAUAUAAUUCAUCUCUUAAAAUAUGCCAAGUCAGUGUUUUUUUUCUGUAACUUAAGAAGGAGCCAAAGUAGAGUUCAGUUGCAGUAUUACCCCCAUUUCUAAUGUAGGUUUACCCUUGUCAUUAUUACUGCAGCAUUAAAACAAGUAAAUUAUCCUUUUUACCAAUUAUGUACUUGUUUAAACUUAAUGUUCUACCUCAGUAUUGGUAUUUGCUUUCAGUCUGAGCACAGCAGUGCAUUAUUUCAGCACUUUAUGUGAACUUGGACUAAGACGUUUUUAAGAUGAACUUGAAGGAUUGGUCCUGGACUCAAUUUAGGAUAUCAAAAAGGUUUUUGUUAGAGACCCAAUCUCAGUUUUUAACCAUAUAAAUAACCAUUUCAUUUGAGUAAUGAAUGAAAAGCAUCUAUUUCCCGAUGGUCAUAAAAAUAUAGGUAUGUUUUACUCAGACCUUUACAAACAUUACUGGUUUGAUAUUCUGAUGCGGUUAUAUUUAACAGCAUCAGAAAACAAUAUCUUAGAGAUAAUGUAGCUGUUUUCAGUUUUAGUCUUUGUAUUAAAAACAUGUCAAUCAAUUUGGCACUGAUUGUAGAUUUUUUCUAGUUGUUUACCCUUUUCUUUACAUUUACAAUACGGAUUGUGCCUUUAAUACCAGUCGUAUUAUUUUUUUCAAAAUGGUUGCUGGCCUGCAAGAAGUGCUGCAAAAGAUACCAAACCUUCUGCUGCAAGCCAAAGAAACCAUUGGAAAUUAAAUGUAAUGGUGUGAAAGAUGUUUCACACAGUUGAAUGAUAAAAAAUGUUCAUGCAAGUAUUAAUUUCAUAUUAACAGAGUGAAAACUCUGUAAACUUUGUAUAAAGAUUUUAAGGAAAGAUAGGUGAGUUAUGCAAAAUCCCAAAUGGAUGGUCACUAGAAAGCUGUACUGGAACCAGUAUGAUGUUAAGAUUUGGAAGUCAAUUUAACUGCUUUACUGCUUAAUAAUUGUUCACAGGCUGCACCAUUGCUAAUGGACCUUUUUAUAGUUCUGUUGAAAGGAUUUUGACCCUGCUGGUUUGUCUCUGGUCUUGGUAUUUGAAAUUAAACAUAUCAUUUCUGUGGUUCAAAUUCACUGAUGUCUUAGAGCAAAAAGUGACCGGUCAGAAGAGAUUCUCAAAAAACAUCAUCUCUACCGAGUCAACUUUUUUAGUAAGUGAUGUCAUUUCAAAUAACGCUUCUAAUUUUGCUUUAUACUUUGUCACUGUCACCAUUGUUUUUAAAACCGUGCUGCCUUGCCAUGCUAACAGUAUUUGUAGGCUAUGUUUCUAUAUUAGUAGGCUAGUAAUGCUGGACAUUAGGAAAAGUUGUCUUUAAACUGUAUUUUAUUAAAGUUUUGUAAACAUAAUAGUA